AUGAGUGAAAAUGAUGCGAGUGAGGAAGAGGGGUCUAUACAUGAGGUAUAUGUGGGUGUAGAUUUUGAAAGAGAUUUUAAUGGGUUAAACAAUAUAGAUGAGGGAAAUAUUAAUGCAUCUUUGAAUGAUGAAAAUGAAACCGAUGGAGUAGAGUCAUUGCAUACUGAAAAUGAAUCUUAUUCUGAGUCUGACUUUGAUGGUCGAGGAAAACAUAGAUGCCCUGAGUUUAAUGAUGAAACUGAUAUGGAAAACCCAUAUUUUAAAGUUGGAAUGAUUUUUGGUGAUAAGUUGAAGUUCAAAGAGGCUGUCAGGCAGUAUGGGAUUAAGAAUAUGGUUGAUAUCAUAUUCAAAAGAACUUACAGUGUUAGGGUGCAUGUUGUUUGCAAUGAAGGGUGUUCGUGGGCUAAUCCUCAGUACCCAAUUACAACUUUAAGACAGGUUGUAUUAGAAGAUCAUGUGUAUAAAAUGCCAUUGAGUAAAUGCUUGAGAGCUAAGCACUUAGCUCUUGAUAUGGUCAUUGGGAGUCACAAUGGUCAAUACUCAAAGAUAUAUGAUUAUCUUGGAGAAAUGAGGUCUUCUAUUCCUGGAAGCACAACCAUUCUAAAAUUGGAUAAUAGGGUGUUUGAAGAAUGUACAUAUGUUUACAAGCAUGCAAAUAAGGGCUAUUAUAGAGGUACUCUUCUGGCUGUUAUUGGUAUUGAUGGUAAUGAAAACAUCUAUCCAAUUGCUUAUGUUGUUGUCGAGAGUGAAAAUGAAUCAUCUUGGACUUGGUUUCUGUUACUGUUGGAAAUUGAUUUGGAGAUUAAAACCUCCCAUAAUAUCACAUUUUUGUCAGACAAGCAGAAGGGACUGGUUGAGGCAGUGAUGUAUGUUUUACCUAAUGCUGAGCAUAGGACUUGUGUGAGACACUUGUACUCCAACUUUAAGAAUAAUGCUCAAUUCAAAGGAAAGAACUUAAAGGAUGCAUUGUGGAAGGCAGCUAGAGCUACCUACAAAAAAGAGUUUGAAGAUGCAAUUGAUGAACUGAAAGCAUUAUCAAAACCAUCCUUUGAUUGGUUGAAUGCAAAAGACCCUGCCCAAUGGUCUAAAUCUCAUUUCUCCCCAAGGAGUAAAUCAGACAUGCUUCUCAGCAAUUUGUCUGAGUGA